AUGGCGGACGACCUGUUCGUGAGCAAAUGGCGGCGGUGCCGGCUGCUGUGGUCGCAGCUCCGGCCGGCCCCGGGCCGCCCCCGGCCGGCCCCGGGCGCGCCUCAGCGGCCGCGGAGAGGCCCCCUCGGCCCGGCCAGGGAGAACCGGCGGCGCUGGAGGCAGCGGCAGCAGCAGCAGCGUUGGAGGGAGGAGUCCGAGGGGGAGCGGGACCGCCGCCGGGGUCGCCAUGACGACGACGAGGAGGAGGAGGACGAGCCGGAGGAUGGGCUCGCGUCCCGGCCCCCGGCCCCGCCGUGGGAAGGCCUGGUCCUGCGGGCGGGCGAGGGCCGGGCCCUGCUGCUCCUGCCCCAACCUCAGGUUCUGACCUUCACCGGAAAAUGCCAAGUGACGUGUCUGUACGGCCGGGUGCAGGUGUUUGGUUUUACCAUCAGCCCGGGCCAGCGGGCCUACAACCUCUUCUCUUCCCACACCCACUGCGCGCUCUCUAUCGAAGCUGUCGGCUACUCCAUGCCUGAAAAGACCAAGAAGGAGAUGAGAACAGAAGCCCGGGAGUUACUUAAGGCACAUCUUUCCCUAGCAAACAGAAAUCAGCUGAUGAAAGAAUUUUCCCCUUUGUGUUCCAUUGUCCUCCUGGAACAUCUGGAGACCUCCGUGACAAGCUUCAUUCUUAGUCAUCUCAAUUUCGCUAACAUUUUCACCAAAAAGAAACAAAAGAAUACAUGCAUCUCUCCGGAAGAUGAAGUCCUGGCUUCUGUCGGCAUUUCAAAAUGUAAUGACAAAAGUGGCUUUUAUUUGUCAGAAAGUAGCAUCUCAGCUAUUGAAGAAUUAAUUUACGUCUGUCGUGAGGAAGAUGAUGGUUGCCCUGUCAUUCUGACUUGUGGCGCUAAGGCUGUUGGCAAGUCAACUUUUAACAGAUACCUGAUUAACCAGCUACUGAAUAGUAUCCCCUGCGUUGACUAUUUGGAAUGUGAUCUGGGACAAACAGAAUUUACUCCUCCUGGGUGUAUUUCUUUGCUUACUGUGACGGAGCCUCUUCUUGGACCACCAUUCACUCACCAGAGAGCACCCCGUAAAAUGGUUUAUUAUGGUGAAACUCAUUGUGAGGAAGACUGUGAAAGAUACAUCGAGAUCGUUAAAUACGUAUUCAAUUCCUACAAGAGAGAAGCCCCCCUGAUCAUCAAUACAAUGGGGUGGGUGAAAGGUAAUGGGCUUUUGCUCCUCAUUGACCUUAUCCGACUGCUGUCACCUAGUCAUGUAGUUCAGUUCAGUGCCGAUGCGUGUGAGGACUUGCCCUCCCUGAGCCCAGAGUACAUCGAGGUUACUUCUGGUCUGCUUACCAGAGGGAAGCCACAAGUCAAAAAUAAGAGCCUGGGCUUUUCUGAGAUGGAGGGGUUUGAAUUGCUCAAUGAGGAAAGAGGUUUUCAGGCUGCAGUCACAGGACACAAGCUGUACUUCGUACAUUCAGAGUUUGCUGCUGCAGGGAGUAUCAAAUCAAUGCGGACUCGUGGCAGCAUUCUACGUGAUAUGGCAAUGUUAGGUUACCUUGGCCAGCUACAGCCCCUGGAGCCCAAACCUGUUUUUCCUUUGCACAGUUUGAUUCCAUAUCAGGUACCGUUCAAUGCAGUUGCCCUACAAGUCAUCCACACUCACGUUGCUCCUACUCAUAUCUUGUACGCGUUCAACGCCAGCUGGGUGGGCCUUUGCAGGAUACUGGAUGAGGUGAAGCGCCAUAACAGUGGGCCGAUCUUGCUCACACAGACUCCAGUGUGUGAUUGCUUGGGAUUUGGUAUUGUCCGAGGGAUUGACAUGGAGAAAAGACUUUACCUCAUUCUCACUCCCGUGCCUCCAGAAAAACUAAGGCUAGUGAACUGCCUGCUUGUUGGAAACGUCGUCCUCCCUCAGUGCGUCUUCAAAAACCAGCCGGGAAUUGAAGGAGAGAUACCUUACGUCACUUCCGAAUACAAUUUUGAAAUUUACGGAUCCGAAAAGAUCCGAGACCUACAACUUCAAAAAGGAAGUGACAACAGAAUCCUUCAGCGCCACUGAAGCAUGCACUUCAGGAUUUGAUUUGCAUGUUUUAGGAGAGGGACAGAAAGAGAUCUCCCAAAGAACUUGACUGAUUUUCCCUGACGAUGGACAAACUAUAGGUACAAUGGGAAGGGUGUCCAGCAGAAAGGGCGAACAUCUCUUUACUCCUUUUGUUCAUAUUUCAGUUUUGUACGUUAUCUGUUUUUGAAUUAAAAUAUUUUUCAAGUCA